CAACACUUUAUUGUAGAAGAAAAACAAUUUAAAAAAUCAGCAGCAAUCAGAGGAAAAGAAGAGCAUGUGCACUGUUCUUGACCUUGACCUCAAUUUUUAGGAUUUUCAAUUUCCUUUCUUUGCAGCAAUCAAACGUGAAAUGGGACUAGUGAUUGGCUGUUGGGUGGGCUGGUAUUAGCGGCAAAGAAAGGCUAAUAGGAAAUCAAUAGCACCAAACAAGAGAAGAAGAAGAUCAAGAUUGAAGUAAUGGGGAAGGAAUUAGCAGUGAAAAUUCUAGGGAUUUCGGCCCCCAAUUUGUGGAAUGGGACUAGAGAUUGCUUGGGAAAUUUCUAGGGAUUGGGUGGGCUGUUGUUGCACGGAGAAGAAGAAGAUCUUGCAUGGCCAGUAGUUGAGCGAAGAACAAGAAGAUCUUGCACAGAGAGAGGUCGGCUACUCGGCGACGAAGAAGAAGCAGAUCUUGAUGGAGAAAGGCUGGUUAUUGGGCGGAGAACAAGAAGAACUUGCAUGGAGAGAGGUCGGCUACUCGACGAAGAAGAAGAAGCAGAUCUUGCGUGGAGGAAGGCCAGUUGUUGGGUGGAGAACAAGAAGAACUUGCAUGGAGAGAGGCCGGCCGUUGGGUAGAGAAGUUGUAGGGAUGGGGUGGGCUGAUGUUGGGUGGAGAAGAAGACCCUGCACAGAAAAGAAGCAAACUAAAAAUUCUAGGGAUUUUGCCCCCAAAUUGUGGAGUGGGAAGGAAGAGGAGAGAUGGGAGAAAAAUGAGAGAUGUGGGAUUACAACAUGGCAUGUCCGAGAAUACUUUUUAUUGUCUAGUUGGCAUGCCACGUAUUGAGGGGUAAUGGAUUAUAACGGCCUCAUGUUAGACUUAACGGAUGGUUAGGGUUCUAUCCAAUUGGGUCCUUUUUUGAGAGUUUCCAUGAGUUUGAGACCUUGAUUGAGCAUAAUAAAUGCUGAGUACCUCA